UUUUCGCUGCCCUUCGUCGAGGGUGAGACAGCCGGCGCUGACGUCAUUGGACCGCGCCGCUCCAAACAUGGCGGCGGCGCGUGUAAACCGUUUUGCUGUUAGUGGAUUGCUGCGGAGGCAGUGGCCGUUUUUCUGGCUCAGGGAGAACUCUGCUUUCUACUCGAGCGCUUUGAACGUGGAUACCGGGCGAGAAAAAGAUAAAUCAGCUCGAGAAAGAGAACCCCCAUGGCGCGAAAGACACAAGAAAAAGAAUCAUGUUCCUAGGACUGAAAAAAUGGAACUAGAUCAAGACUGGACAAGCGUGUACCCAGCUGCUGCUGCUUUUAAGCCUUCUGCUGUGCCCCUCCCUGUUCGGAUGGGCUACCCAGUGAAUGGUGUAUCUCUACCAAAACAAGGCAAUCUGGAACUUAUAAAGAUCCCCAAUUUUUUGCAUCUGACGCCAGCUGCCAUCAGGAAACACUGUGCUGCUCUUAAAGACUUCUGCACAGAAUGGCCAGCUGUCCUGGAUAAUGAUGAGAAAUGUUUGCAGCAUUUUCCCAUUGAAGUUGAUACUGUAGACUAUGUUUCUGCUGGCCCAUCCAUUCGUAAUGCUAAAGCAAGAGUGGUGACUCUAAGAGUUAAACUUUCAAGCCUUAACUUGGAUGACCAUGCAAAGAAGAAGCUCAUUAAACUUGUAGGAGAGCGGUACUGCAAGGGCACAGAUACCCUUACCAUUACAACAGACAGAUGCCCUUUAAAGAAACAAAAUUAUGACUAUGCAGUGUACCUUCUUACAGUUUUAUUUCAUGAAGCAUGGAAAAUGGAAGAGUGGGAAAAAGAAAAGACUGAGGCUGACAUGGAGGAAUACAUCUGGGAAAACAGCACCUCUGAGAGGAAUGCUUUAGACACACUGCUUCGAAUAAAAGCUGCUGAGAAAACUCAGGAAGUCAGCAGACAGGAGCUUCUGGACUCAGAUAUAGUUUUGGCUUACAAAAAGUCGAUGGUAGCACUGAGAAAUGAAGGAGAGACAGAGAAGAAUAUGUCAGAGUAUAAGAACUCUGUCAAGAGACUACUAAACUUGGAUGGCUUGUAGAGAAAAGAACCAUUUCAUGUAGAAAUGCAUGUAUACACGUGAAGAGGUACAUAAUAAAUUUUACAAUCCUAUUCAGUCUGUUCUUGACAACCUUAAUAUUACCCCUAUUAAACAAGUGACUGCA